AUGAAGGCGACCUGCACCCGAUUCCGCACACCACCGCGUGCCACCGAGACCAAUGCGCCUGUCUUCCGCUACAUUGAUCGCGCCACAUACUGGAUAGCUGCGCCAUUGCAGGGCACAGUCUACGAGGACUUCGACAAGGUGGAGGAGCGGCUGUAG